GCCCCAACUUAACGAAAGGCAAAGCAGGAAGCACCUUGAAGGUUGGGCAGGGUUGGCCGGGGCCUUACCGGGUUAAUGUGGAAUCUAUAAUGCCAGCAGCCUCUGGGCACGUACGUGAAGGUGUCCCCGUCCACCGCUGCGAACACGCCCCACGGCAGUCAAGGUCCUUAUCGCCAGGAGUCAACAGUCAGGGCUCGGGGAGGGGAGCGACUGGGGAAGCGGGGUCGGUGUCAGCGAGUGAAUCCCACCCAUGCCUCAGGGUGUCUGCGUGGAGGGCGCUCCAGACACGCACCCUGUCCCCAGCGGCUCCCCCUCUGCCCAGCGCGGUCCUAGAAGGCCAGACAUUGGCCCGUGGCCACCUGCCAAGUAGGGCCGGGACCCGGGAUCAGGGGAAAGGGCCUCGCAGGCGGCCCGAGGGCCCUCAGAGACUGCCGCCGCGGCCACUCCCUUAGACUCUGGACGUGCGGGGACCGGGGGCGCUCUGCCUCCGCCUUAUAAGAAGCCGGGCGCGGGGCCGGCAGCGAGGCCGAAGGCGGGCACGGGGCUCGGCCGCGCAGGGGCGCGCCCACCGGCGGCGGCUCGGCGACAUGGGCCGCUACUCUGGCAAGACGUGCCGGCUUCUCGUCAUGCUGGUGCUCACCGUCGCCUUCUUCGUGGCCGAGCUGGUCUCGGGCUACCUGGGCAACUCCAUCGCGCUGCUGUCCGACUCCUUCAACAUGCUGUCCGACCUGAUCUCGCUGUGCGUGGGGCUGGGCGCCGGCUACGUGGCGCGGCGACCCCGCGGGGGCCUGGGGGCCACCUACGGCUACGCGCGCGCCGAGGUGCUGGGCGCGCUGAGCAACGCCGUUUUCCUCACGGCGCUCUGCUUCACCAUCACCGUGGAGGCCGUGCUGCGGCUGGCGCGGCCCGAGCGCAUCGACGACCCCGAGCUGGUGCUCAUCGUCGGCGCGCUGGGGCUGGCCGUCAACGUGCUGGGGCUGCUCAUCUUCCAGGACUGCGCCGCCUGGCUCGCCUGCUGCGGCUCCCGCCGCCGCCGCCGCCCGCCGCCGCAGCGCGAGCAGCCCCAUUUUGGUGAGAAUGCCUUCAGGGACCACGUUCCUCCCCGUAGUGGCACCUUGUUUCCAGGAGCCUUCGCUAAUUGUCUGCUCUUCCUUGUCAUAGUGAGUAAACUCUCGGCCGUGCCCGGGAUUAGUAGUGUACACGAAGUGCACGUCUGGGAACUGAUAAGCGGAAAGAUCAUCGCCACCCUGCACAUCAAGUAUCAGAAGGACAGGGGCUAUCAGGACACCAGUAGGAAAAUCCGAGAAAUUUUCCACGGUGUGGGAAUCCACAAUGUGACCAUCCAGUUUGAGCAGGUGGACUUGAAGGCCCCCGUGGAGCAGAAGGACCUCUGCAGCUCACCCUGCAUCUCCAAGGGCUGUGAGAAGCAGCUGUGCUGCCCGCCUGGGGCCCUGCCUCUGGCCCAUGUCAAUGGCUGUGCCGAGCACAACGGCUGUCCCCCUCUAGAUGCAUACCGAAAUGGUAGCUUCCGGAGGCAAGAAACAGCAGAAGUGGCUAUUGAAUUAUCUUUGGACAGCUGUCUGAGUGACCACGGACAAGCUCUUAGCAAAAUUCAGGAGGACCAACAUUAUGUCAACAGCACACAUUUUUGAUCUGGUCCCCACAUAAACAGACUGUAUAGAUGAGGUGCUCUGGCUUGUGGAAAGACCUCUGUGGGCUGUAGACACUGAUCAAAUCUGCGGUGCGGUCGCUCUGUGUUCACAAGGGGCUGGUUGUGCGGGAUGUUAAUUGCAUGCGUCUGUUAAUUUCUGUGUGACUGAGAACCCCUUUGCCUUGUCCUGGGGUCUCAUGUUGCUUUUCAACGAACCCACUGUUUUCGUUCGAGCAUUUAUUUCAAGAAGCAAACUGCGCUAGUAUGCAUGUCAGGGACAUUGAAGGCUGGGACUCCGUGGCUGUGGACACGGGAUUCAAAAUAGUUCUAGUUUUAAAGAGAUUAGAACUCGUAGCUGACUCUCAGGUGAGCUCAUAGCCAAGUACAUCGAAAAAGCUUAAGAAUCAUGAUUGCUAUUUUUCUUUCAUUCACUCGAAAAUCACAAAAAAGGAAAGUUGGAUAGUCCUGCCACUGCGGAAAUUUUUUUCUUUGACUCGUUGUCGAAUAAAUGUAAAAUGAACACCUUUUAAGGUAGAAAAUACUCUCAGAACGUUAGAGGACGUGGAGUUUAUUAGGGGAAGACAGGAAGAAAAUGCUUUCUGACUACCUCUUUGUUUUGUGAGGUGGAGAGAAAACUCAUGUUUACUUUCCGCUGUGAAAUGAACUACAGCUGUGGGGUGCUUCAGAUGUUUAAUGCAUAAAAUACUUUUUUUUUCACUUGGAAGUGUGGGAAUAUUUCCACUUCCUAAGGUAUGAGACAAUACUUAUAUACUGUCUUGCAAAAUCAGUCCUGUUGGGACUGUUCUCAUUUAUUGCUUAAUGACUUAUUUGUCCAAUUUCCUUUGGGUUUUUUUUAAUAUGAUCACACUGAUACGUGUAGCAUUUACCAGAAGAACAUGGGUAUUCCUGAAAUAGAAUAUAUGACACUGAGUAUUCAUUCCUGCCAAAAAAUAAGCUAGAUUGAUUUUUCUUCCACUAGACGUAUUUUAAAGUAUUUAUUAUAGUUGCCAACUAAUAACUUGAUGGAAAAGAGUAUAUGUAGGGAAAGAUGAGAAUUAAUUUAAUUGCUGCCUUUUAAUAUGUUUUGAGGAGCUUACAAUUUCCUUUAUUUCCUUUUCUGACUCUGACCCAUAUUACCAAUUGCAAAUAAAUUCAUUAGACUCUGAUUUGGAUCCAUAAUCGACUUACAUUAACAUUGGAGAAGCAUCUGUCCUGUAUUGAACACAUUGUUUAGGCACCAGUAUUUUAAUCAGAACAGUCUCAAAAUGGGUCUGAGAAAGUGGGAGAUGCCCUCAUAGAGAACUAGAGUCUUCUCUGAUGCGUUGCAAAAUUGGACCGACAACGGUCAUCUCUUAGGCUCCAGGCACUGAGGUCUCUUUACAAUCUGCACAGUAGUCAACAGAAAUGCUGGGUUAGUAACAGAAAAAGUGCCCACAUUUUUCAGCACUAAUCCCAUCUAAAAAAAAAAGUCUUAGCGUUCAUUCUAAGGCUGAAAUAAGUAAGCAGCUGUGAUCAGUAGGAUAGGAAUUUUUUUCACUUCUUGAAAAUUUAGGAUCUGAGUUUAAAUUGGCCAUGAGUUAGGUAAAUGCAGUUUUAUCCCUAGGAGAUUGUUGGACUAGUCAGUAUAGCCAAAAAAGCGGUAAAAAAAGAUGACAUUUUUAUUUUUAAUACUAAAAGUAUAGCAUGUACUCACAAAAACCACAGGGUUCUCUUUGAAGCUCACCACGGUGAUGAGUGAUUGAGAUUCUAGACAAAUGUUGGUUGAGGUGUCUUGACUGGAACCAAAGAAGAAAUCUGUCCCUCACUUCCAAAUUUGAGGGUCUCAUUUGAUUUCACAUCGUUCUGCUUUAAUUAAAAGAUUAUAAUUGUAUAGUUGCUGUGCAGCUGGCCAAAGAAUUGUACACUAGUUCAUAUCCAGAUAAUGUUCUUUGCGUCUCUAAAGUAUUUUUUAGGAAAGGAAAAGACUGUCAAUAGACAUUUUGAGUGCAUUAACGUGCUUGGACAAGCUAAUUAAAUGCAAUAUUUUUGUAUGGGGCUAGACAGUCUCCUUUGUCAUCUCUAGCACUGGGUGCCUGCAGUCUGGUAUUUUUACUUGGGUUUUACUCUCCGUUUAGUUGUCCUGCAGUUUAAUUCUCCCGAGGAAAGGUGGGACUCUUCUUUUCCUCUUUGAGUCAACCUUGCCUGGUGGGGCAGUAGAUCUGAUGAACAGUGACCAACCCUGUUUUCCUCUGAGAUUAGAAUAAUGCUGUUGUUUACUCUCGAGUUCCCAUGUGCUUAGGUCAGUUCCAGAAAACUUUCUCUUUUUUUUUAAGGUGAUGAAAAUAAUUUUUUAAAAGUCUAGGGCAUCCUCUGUGUGUGAGGUCAGGACCAGCCAUCCUGCACGCUAACCCAGAGGACACAUAGGAAGGUGCUUGCCGCUGCCCUCUGUCCUUCCAUCUCCAUAGAAAGAGUCCUUUCCCCAUAAUUUCAGCACCGGCUGUGGGAAAUCCUGUGUCUGCUUUUAUCCUCCAAAUUUCAACUUUGGUUUUGAAAAUAGAGAUGAAUUGUUUUCAUGGCACUUGGCUAUUAUGAAUAUCCAUUAGGGCUACCGGGCUCCAGUGGGGACAGAAAAAAAGUAUGAUCCCUCUAAUUGUUGAUAAAAUAGCAAUAAAAUAGGGAGACAUUAUUUGAGGAAGAAUUAAAAAUACUCUCUAUAUUGGUUACUUUUUUUCUUUUUGCCACCAGCUGGCCAAACUCUAGUGGGGGGUAAAUCGGGAAUGCCAAAUUUCUGUAGGAAAGAGUGCUUUCAAGAUCACAGAAAUCACCGAGGUGGAUUUGGGAUUACAGUAAGGCGGCUGCUGUGUAAGUAGCAAGAUUUUUUGUUAUGCUUUCUCAGCAUUAGUGACAUUUUCAGCUCCUUGCUAUGUGGGUCCUGUGAUGGUGGGGCGUUGGGCAGCAGCUCUGGCCCCUGCCCACUUAGAUGCCCCCCCACGAAUCCUGGCAACCGAAAAAUGUCUGCAGACGUUGCUACAGUCCUCUGCGGGCAAACUGGUCUCUAGUCCUGAGCUGCUGAGUUAACCUAAGGGUAGUUGAGAAUUAUUGUUGAUAAAAGUCCCUCCAGAGCCCUGUAAUCAUUUUAAUAGAAUCGGUUCUGCAGAAUUCACUCUUUAAAAAAUAUUUUUUCAAGGAGAGAUCAAACUGUUCAUCAAAAUGACAGUCAUCUCUACACAGGAACUUCAGACAUUUAAAGAAAAGAUAUAAUUUGGGGGGGGGGAAGGCCUUACAAAUCUGAUUAGGCAAAUCAGCCAUUAUAACAGUGAAUUAAAUGAAGAAAAAAGCAUUUGUUCUCACUGUUCUGUCAUGACCCCUUAAACUCGUGAAUGGCCUCAGUUUGAUGAACUCCCUACAAAAUGAGACCAGAAAAUACCAGGAUGAUUGAUUCUUGGGGCUCAGGUGUUUAGUUCAUCACUGGUUUUACACUUGAUGAUGUUUCUUCUAUUGGUUCCAGACAAGCAGCUCAUCUCGGUGCUAAGGACAAGUUCAGAUGCUAAAAAAAAUCCUGUACUGUCUGUGGUUAGCUUAAUCCUUUGCCAACUCAUAUCACGUUUUUUCCCGGAGGACAAGAUACAUUUCCUGUUUUUAAAUAUAUUUUUACACUCUUGUCAUUAAAGACUACAAAAAGGACUGUGUCAGAAAGAAAAUGAGGAAACAUGACCUGAUUUGGGUUUUGAAUUUAGACUGAAUAAUGAGUAUGCCUGUUCUCUAAGCUCCGCCGUUCACCUGCUAAAUUGUUCUGUAUUUGUACUUCUGAGUGUAUUUGCACACGAGUCGCCACAGGUAGGAAUGAAGGCAUUGAAUCAGGAAAGUAGCUGCUCAAGUGAAAGCUGUAUCAGACCCUAAUCCUCACCGUGAUCUAAAUGUUUUUAUGAAUUUGGAGAUCAGCUAAUGCGGAUGCGACAUGUUCGGGACCUUCUCUUUUCAGGUGUUUUAUUCCGGACCUUUUUGUUUACAUGGAACUUUCUUGAAUAUUGCUGGAUGGAUCGGCUGUCUCCUCUUGGUACAAAGCCAGGCGAGCGACAAUGAACCUACUAUGAAUUCUAAUGGGAAUCAUCUAGGAAGGACGAUGCGUUUUGGAAGGAGAGCGACCCCUUCCGGGACUGAAGUUUAUGUUACAGUAUUAUGGAGUUUUGUUGCUUCAAGUCUUCCUUCUGUCUUCACAGGCGAUUUUGCCACAGUGUAAUUGUCACGUUUGCGGGAACUAUUAAAACUUUACGAUACAAAGUUAAAAUAGCUCAUCGCUAAUUGCAUGUGAAAUUCCCCCAGUAAUGUAUGCACAUGCAUUCCUGUAACAGUGACAGGUGUUCGGUGGUGCUGUAAAAUAAAGAAAAAAACACACACACACAACACACGACUGAGAUGUUGGUG